AUGCCUAGCAGGUUUUCAGCCGCCUUUCGGCGCAAAUCCGCGACAAACUCCGAGGACCUCCAGCUUCAUUCCUCUACUGCCGAACCGUCAUUUCGCGUCCUGGAGCGUGGCCAACCCCAAGAGGGGCGCACCUUUGAUGGCGGCGUCAGGAUGGCGAGAGCAUCGGCUCACAUGGCACACAAGGUCACCAACUCAGAGUCUGAGGUGGAAGACAACAUGUUUGCAGGGCUGAACGCCUACAGCGGUGGCUCAAACACCACCAAAGCUACAUCCACUGACACUUCCUCCCGGCACAGCAACGCAUCGACCGCGCCCUCAUCAGCCGACGUAGCCCACCCGAAUGACGAUCCACGACCAGCGAAACGAGCAAUCACCUCGUACGAGCCGACGCCGCCAAGUCGCUCGUCGCAGAAGACUGCCAGUAGUUUCCUGGAUCGGGCAGGAAGGACCUUUUCGUUCGGCAUGCAAAAGAAGAGCCAGGCUCCGCCAGUCAAGGACGACGUACCUGAUGUGCCGCCUCUGCCUACGUUGCAACGCGAGGACGAGUACGGGCGGACACGGGCCAUGACAGCGUCGACGACCAGCACAGCGACCACAGCGACGCCACCUCGACUUGACGGCAGCAGUGGGCUGGACAUGGGGGGAGAUUUCGGGUCAAUGUUCUCGACAUUCGAUAAACGAGCGAGUCAGGCCACGUUGCGAAACGAUUUACAACGACAGGCGCAACCGGCGCCCUUGAAGCUCGACAAGACGAAUCCCAUCGACAUUGACCCUGCGCCCCGAUCGUGGAAUAGCAACAAGUCCAGUGAUGAACUCAUGAACUCGCCAAAGCUUUCACCCCCUCUCGUGCCGCGGCAUCAGCCAUCUUUCGAAUAUCGUACGUCGACAAGCCCGACCGGGGUUGUUGACGACGAAGACGCGAGGCUGCUGGCCGACUCGGUAGCUGCUACAAAGUUCCUGACACAGCCAACUGCCCAGGGUCGCGGAGGUCGACGCGCGGAGGUUGACGACCGAGUUGCAAUCAAUCUGCGAGAACCAGCCACUGCAGACGAAGGCGAGGACAAUUUGUUUGCAGGGACAACGACUCGCUUCUCCAAACCCGCGCAGAGACCGACGAGGCCCGCAAGUCCACCUCGCGGAAGCAAAGUCAUGACCGCGGCCGAAUUCGAGCGCUAUGAGAAGGAGAAGAAUCGCCAGCAUAUGGAACGCUCCGUGUACGGUCGAUCUGCCGAAGACGAAGAUGACGAGGACGACAUCAACUACGAUGACGAGGAGGACGCGGAAGAGAAGGCCAAGGAAGCAGCCAAGCGCAGCCGCAACAAGCAAGCGCAGAUGCAAGCCUACCGGCAGAAGAACCUGAAGACGACGGGCGGUGGCACCGGAAGCAUCUCCCCCCUCUCUUCCAGUCGGCCAACCUUCGCAGCAUCCUUGAGUACACCACAUCUAGGCGUUGCCAAAACGCCAUCCCCGGAGCUUGCGCGCCCAGCCGAAGACGAUGAGGAUGAUGAGGUGCCCCUUGCUAUUCUCCAGGCCCACGGCUUUCCCCAUAAGAACCUCAGCGCGAGCCGACUGAGCACAGCUGGCUCGAAUCCUAACCUGCGUGUCACAUCUCAAGCUCAUGAUAGUCGACCCCAAUCUAUGGCGGGCGAGACGUCGGCUUUCAACGCCAAGCGAUCGUCGACCCUGCCGGCAUUCGCCCGAGGUCUGCCGCAGGAUCCUUUUGCAGGACCUGGCGCUGCCCGACCAGCCGUGAGGGAGUCUCUUUCCUUCGGAGGCGGCAGCCCCAACCUGGAUCGACUCACUCCUCAAGUACCGCAGCAUCAAUCUGGGCACCCCGGUGGUCUCGUUGGUGUCAUUGCAAGUGAGGAGCGCGCCCGCGCCAUGCGACGUGGAAGUCCCAACGUGGAGAGCCAGCGGUUAGGUGGUGGCGGCGCAGGCGGUCAGAACCUGGAUCCCAUGGCUGGCAUCCCGUCUCACAUGAUGUACGGGGCUGGCCAGCAGAAUGUGGCUCAGAACAGACUGUCUCAGCAGCCCCUGACGGCUGCAGACCAAGCUCAGGUGCACAUGUCACAGCAAAUGAGUCAGUUCAUGCAGAUGCAGAUGCAGUUUAUGCAGAUGAUGGCGAAUAACCAGCCGGGUGGUCAGAUGCCGCAAAUGCCCAUGCCCUACGGCAUGCCCCAUAUUCCCCAGAUGCAACAACACCAGCAGCCACCAUAUGGCAUGCACGCAGCAACGCAGUCGGUUGCAGAUUUCCCCUCGGGGCAGUCCACGUAUGGCCAGCAGCCGAUGCCACGGCGACGAGACGCAGGCUCACGCACGAUGAGCAUGGUUCAGCCGAACACUGGACCUCAAACGUUGCAUGGGGGGAUGGGAAGCCCUGCUUUUGGCUACACUCCUUCCAUUGCACCAUCCGAGCGCAGCAAUGUCGGUCUUCCUGGCCGAUACAGGCCAGUGUCUCAGGUGCCACAGCUGGACGUGCCUAUCCACCACCGGGCCUCGUCGAUUUCCGGUGCCUUGUCGAUGACUCCCACAGAGGACAGCAAGAGCCGGUCAACGUCCACAAUCAAGCUGAUCAGCAAGACGAAGAACAACGCCGGGUCGGAUGACGAUGACGAGGAGGGCUGGGAGAGCAUGCGAGCCAAGCGUGACCAGAAGAAGUCUCGAUGGAGGUUGAGGAAGGGGAACGACCACUAG